GGCGGGGCGGGGCGGCGCGCGCAGCCGGCACGUGACCGGCGGGGCGGGCACGUGAGCAGCGGGCGGUGAUGGCCGACCCGGUGGCGGGAACGGAGCCGGAGCCGGGCCCGGGCCGGGAUCUGGUGGCGGAGCUGCGGGGCCGCGACGGGCGGACGCGGACSGUGCGGGUGCCGUACCCGGCGGCGGAGGAGGGCGAGGCCGCGCAGUUACGCGGGCUCCGGCRGGCCCUGAGCGAGCUGCAGGAGCGGGUGGUGGAGCUGCUGGCGCCGCUGGUGCAGGAGGAGCGGGCGGCGGCGGGCGGCGCGCAGCGCGGUGCUGGCGGGGAUGAGGACGACUACGAUGACGAUGAGGAGGAUGAAGGCGAAGACGAAAACCACGUGGACACAGCGGCGAGCGGCGAUGACCCUCCCGUGAAGCGAACGAAGGUGCAGCAGCCGUGAGGACGGCGCUGGAGGCCGGGUCUGCGCCUGGACAGUCCCAUUCGGCUGUACCGACUGUAAGUGUCCCGGGCCCGCUGCACGGGCCGGCUCCUGCGGCGCUGCUGCUCCCGUUUAAAAGCGCAGUGUCUAUCCCGGAGUAAUACGGAAGCCUUACCGAAAGGAUGCGCCUGGGUGUGAGCAUCGUGUUGCUUACCGGGUGACAGUACGCUGACAACUAGUUGACAAGUAUAAAACUUUUCUUACAACUUUUCUGAUUGGUAUGUUUUUCARUAACUUAUUAUGAGUCACAGUAUUUCUUCAUGUGACACUUUUAAAAUAAAGCAAUAAAAUCUGAAGAGUUAUUUUGUCAAAUAUGAU